GAUUUUAGUCGCAGUUUCUUCUUGCGUGUUGUUCCUGGACGGUUCGCGUUCUGUUCUUUUGGACUGGGUUUGCGCAUGACAGAUGACUCGAGUCGGAGCAAGAAGAACGGCGUGCUUCUCUCCUACACCUUCCUUACUGCACACAUUCACGAACAUUGCUGGUGACUGCUGCCCAGGACCAUGAACGACCAACGAGAGCUCGGCGAGCUCGUCGCCGACCCAGCCGCCUCGCCCGCGCCUCUUCCGGGGCCCUUUGUGGGCAAGCACGUCACGCUCGUCGCGUUUGACCCGCCAGUACAUGGCCCGCCGCUAUUCGAAGAAAUCAAAAACGCUCCCCAGCUGUGGGACUACAUGCUCUCCGGGCCCUUUCAAGACGCCGGUGCCUACGUUGCUGCACUGCACCGCAUGCUCGAGACGCUCAACUUGUAUGCCAUCCUCGACAACCAUGCCCCGCAGCCAGGCCUCGCAGUAAAGGGUCACCUGGCCCUGAUGCGCAUGGACCUGCCCAAUCGCGUAGGCGAGGUCGGCACCGUCCUCUUUGCGCCCUCGUUCCAGCGGAGUAUCGGGUCGACCGAAUGCAUCUUCUUGGUCAUGCAGACUGCAUUCGAGGACCUCAAGCUGCGCCGCUUCGAAUGGAAAUGCAACAGCCUCAACGUCGCUUCCAACCGUGCGGCCCUGCGGCUAGGUUUCACGUUCGAAGGCACCUUUCGCAAGCACAUGCUCCUCAAGGGCAGGAACCGCGACACAAACUGGUACAGCAUCAUCGAUGACGAUUGGCCCAUCCUCAAAGCCGUCUUUACAAAGUGGCUGGCAGACGAUAACUUCGACGACGGCAGGCAGAAAAAGAGCCUUGCAGAAGUCCGCCAGUCACUGCCUUGAACUAGACUCAACAAUCCCUCCUUCAUUUGUAUGCACAAUCGUAUUUCAAGCUUUAGAUUUCCCUCGGAUGGUCGAGAGCCCCUUACUAUCACUGCUACUGCUUUUACUGCAAGUCGGAGCUCGCGUGGAGCGAGAUGUCAAAGGAGUCCCGGAGCAGCUCUUCGAGCUCACGGACGUGAGCGUGCUUGUUGCCCGUCGCCACAGAUGCGUACGGCGGUCUUGAUGCAAGAACGGCGAGCGAAUCCCUGUGGUGCUCCGAGUGUCUGCACACAGUCCUCCUGUAGAUCAAAGAAGAGAGAAAGUUGGUGAGUCAUAGAAAGGAAAA